AUGCCUCUUGUCAAACCGCCUGUGCAGCCACGGUCGCGACAGCCCGUAAGCAGGCUGCACAGCAUCAAACCACCUCAAUCAGGGGGUAUACCACUCAAACGUCCUCAGGGGAUACCAGUUCCACGAGUCGGCAGUGUUGGCAGUAGUAGUACUAGCAAUGCAGCAGCAGCAGCACUACCAUCACCACUAAAAAGACCAGAAAACAAAAAGCCAGCAGAAACUUGCCCUAACCCAAACUGUCCUGAUCCUCGCAUCAUUCGUGAUGAGGAAAUGAAGGUCUGUGAGACCUGUGGUGCGGUCGUGAGUGAGGAUCAUCUCGUCUCCGAGAUCAGCUUUGGAGAGACCUCGGCCGGUGCAGCGGUUGUUCAGGGAUCGUAUGUCGGUGCCGAUCAGACUCAUACCCGGAGCAGUGGGCCGGGUUUCCAUCGCGGAGGAGGUAUGGAAAGUCGUGAAAUUACGGAGCAGAAUGGUGCCCGCUAUAUUCAGCAGAUGGCUCUUGCGUUGGAUAUUCCGGAAAGUGCGCAAAAGGCUGCUGGUCAGGUGUUUAAAUUGGCGGUCGGCUUGAAUUUUAUUCAGGGUCGACGGACCAAGACCGUUGCGGCUGUGUGUUUGUAUAUUGCCUGUCGACGCCAGCCGGGGAAUACGGUUAUGUUGAUUGAUUUGUCGGAUGUGUUGAUGAUCAACGUUUUCAAAGUCGGUCGCGCGUAUAAGAUGUUGCUGGAAGAAUUGCGACUCGGUGGCACUGUCUUCACUAUGAACCCGGUUGAUCCUGAGAAUUUGAUUUUGCGAUUUGCCAGGCAACUUGAAUUCGGUAACAAGACGAUGCAUGUUGCGAAAGAAGCUGCGAGAAUUGUGCAACGUAUGAAUCGUGACUGGAUGACAACCGGACGUCGUCCAGCGGGAAUUUGUGGUGCAGCUCUGAUUCUAGCGGCACGAAUGAACAAUUUUCGACGUACUGUCCGAGAAGUUGUUUACGUUGUCAAGGUCACUGAGGUGACCAUCAACCAACGACUGAACGAGUUUAGUUCCACGGAUAGCGGUGAUCUUACAGUCGACCAGUUUCGAUCGGUUCAUUUGGAGACUGCACAUGAUCCUCCGUCUUUCAAUCCCAAGAAGAAAGAAGGCCGAAAAAGAAAGGCGAAAGUAGUAGACACUGCAGCAGAAAUCGAAGAGUCUGAAUCAGAGACAGAGACAGAAGCUCAGCCCGCACCACCACCGGCAAAGCGACCGCGUGUCGAUGCAGAUGGCUUUGCUAUUCCUGAAAUUCCUAUAGAUCCAGCAUUGACAGCUGAGACUUAUCAGAUUGCAUUAGAUCAAGACACCAUAUCCAACAUCGAGGCGGAACUUUUAGCAAAGUCAGUCCUCGAGAGUGAGCAAGAACAAACAUCGAAGAAAGGAAAAAAGAAACAACUAGUACCGGAACCAACACCUGAAGAACUUGCGUCGGAAGAAGCUCUCGAAAAUGAAAUGCAUCAAUUCCUGGCUAAUGGUUCCGACAUGGUGGAAGCUGCAACGGCGAAGAUGCCAGUCACAGCAACAGCAGCGGCGGCACCAACAACUAUAAAGGCUAGGGCACCGAUCUCGGAUAAUGUUGAGAUUGAAGCCUCUGAAUUCGAGUCCGACCCGGAAGUCGCAAACUGUCUUCUCUCACCGGCAGAAGUUGAAAUCAAAGAACGGAUCUGGGUCCAUGAAAACCGAGACUAUCUCCGCACGCAGCAAGCAAAAGCUCUAAAGCGGGCAUUGUCCCAAGGCGAAGACGACGGCACUACACAGAAAAAGCCACGAAAGCGGCGCAAAGGCAGAUUGGGCGACGUUACCUAUUUACAAGGUGAAGACGGGAAAGGUAGUCGCGCAUCUACACCGGCGGAAGCGACAAGACUCAUGCUUGAGCAGCGAGGAUACAGUAAGAAGAUUAACUAUAAGAUGUUAUUCGACUUGUACGGCGAUGAAGGUGCGGCUGAGGCCGAGAAGGCAGAGGCACAGAGACAAAGUCGAAGUCAGAGCGUGGCAUCAGAAGCGGCUUCUGCAGUAUCUUCUGCUAAUAUCAAACCUCUGAUCGCGUCUACCAUAACACCCAAGAUCACCACAUCGAGUCAAGGUGGAUUCAACGAAGCGGAUUACGAUGACGAGGAGGAUGAUGCAGAGGGAGUGGAGGCGGGUGGUGAGGACCGGGAUGAUGAUCAGGACAUUGAGAAUGCCUUUGCUGGGAAUUAUGAUGAAGAUGAUUAUUAUGAGGGCAGCGAUUAUGAGUAUUAGCCAUAUUAUUUUCAUCAUUAUAGUGUAUGUCAAUAACAUUAGUACCUUCUAUCAUGUCGAUUUCAUUGGUAAGAAAGACUUGUUCUCAUCAUGUUUCAGUUUCGUGUAUGCUGUCGACGUUUCAACCAUGAAACGUCAAAGAUGCCAAUUGACAAUCGCCAAUACAGUAUACCCUGGUUAUAACGGAAUGAAGGCCUCUCCAUAUUU